AUGGCUUCCACCGCUUCGAUCCUUUGCAUGAUUCUUAUCACCUUAUUCGUUCCUCCACUUGGUGUGUUUCUCAUUGCAGGCUGUGGCAUGGACUUUUGGAUCAACGUCCUUCUGACAAUUCUCGGUUAUCUUCCGGGCCAUAUCCAUGCCUUCUAUCUGCUCUACGUCUACUACAGCCGUCGACGCGCGGUCAAUCCUGCGACAGAUGGCGACGCACCGGGCGUGUAUUCCGAUCGAAUCAAACGGACAAAGCAUUCUUAA